AUGGAUAAUGAAGAAGUGUUGAACAUUCGCACCAUAAAGUCUAGGAUUUCUCAAAAAACUCUUGUUGAUAUUAUGGAGAAAUAUCAUAUCGACCCUGAGUUUCAUACUUGUAUUCCAGAACCAGGGAACGCCAUCAUUGAUGCUCCAGAAGGUUUUGUUGGGUAUAUCGAGUAUUCUUUUGUUGUGCCUUCUAUCACUUUUUUCCGUCAUUUUUAUGUCCCUAUGUCGAAUGGCGAUUGGGUGUCAUCUUCUCUUCGCCAUGGCUUAGUAGAGAUCUGUGAUGACCUUCCUACUUCCAUAAAAUACUGGAAGGAUGAAUUCUUUUUUGUUUCUUCUACUACUUUUUCUGGGCCUAUGACGUUUAACAUUACUGUUGGUGGAGUUGCAGAACCUUCUCUUGAUCUGACUCCCGAGGAACAAAGCACUGCAAAUCUUUUAUCAGAGAAUUAUGUGAAAUGUACUGAUGCCGACAAAGCAACGAUGGGGAUGGCGGGUAUGAGUUCCUACUGGUACAAAUUAAGAAGGAAAUCUAUAGAAACCCUAGCAUGCCGUGAAGUAAAAGUUUUUGUUUAA